UUUCUUUCGUUUUUCUUCCUUUUCCUCAAAAAUGCUUUCCUUUUCAAUAAUGAAUGUAGGGUUUUGAUUCUCUCUAUAUUUUUUUGGUCUCGGUUUUAGAAAGAGAGAAAUGGCGGAUUCGGAGCGGACUCGGGCGCCAUGGACGGAGGCAGAGCAGAGGCCUGUGGCUAUGGCCGAGAUUCACUCUCACGAGUUGUCCAUGUCGGAAUCGGUGGUUGCGGCGGCGAGAGAUGGCGCGGUGUUAUCGGCUGUUCAGCCUGCGGGUUUGAACAACGCUUCGGAUGGGAAAUUCGGUUUCGCUGAGCGAGCUCUCUCUGCUGCUGGCGCCGCUUUCCUCUCUGUAAUCAUUGUUAAUCCUCUGGAUGUUGCCAAGACAAGGUUGCAAGCUCAGGCAGCUGGGGUUGCCUACUCCCAUCCAUUGAGUAAUAUUACAAGGCGCAUGGGAUAUUUUGGACCGAGCAUGUUGUUUGCGGAUCUAAGAUGUUCUCCAUCAUGUGCACGUGCGGGAGUACAUGGUACUGUAUCAAUAUGCCCUCCGGAUUGUUUUCAGUACAAAGGAACUCUGGAUGUCUUUAACAAAAUCAUUCGUGAGGAAGGAUUUUCAAGACUAUGGAGAGGCACAAAUGCUGGUUUAGCGCUGGCUGUACCAACAGUUGGAAUCUACCUACCUUGCUAUGACAUAUUCCGGAACUGGUUAGAGGAACUCAGUGUCCAGAAAGCACCAAGCACAACUCCUUAUGUCCCUUUAGUUGCUGGCGCGUUGGCUCGUUCAUUGGCUUGUGCAACUUGCUACCCAAUUGAACUUGCAAGGACACGCAUGCAGGCAUUUAAAGUGACUGAUAGUGGUGUGAAGCCUCCUGGUGUUUGGAAAACUCUACUUGAGAUUCUCUCUGAUGUCAAGACCACAAACAAUGGUCAAAACAACUUGAAAAGCUACCGUGUCCUAUGGACGGGCAUGGGGGCGCAGCUUGCUCGUGAUGUUCCCUUCUCUGCAAUCUGUUGGUCCACUCUCGAGCCUCUCAGAAGAAAGCUUCUUUGUCUACUGGGCGAUGAAACCAACGUUGCAAGUGUCCUUGUGGCAAACUUCUCUUCUGGAUUUGUGGCAGGAAGCCUUGCUGCUGCUGCCACAUGUCCUUUAGAUGUUGUAAAAACUCGAAGACAGAUAGAGAAGGAUCCAGUCCGGGCAUUGAAAAUGACAACUACACAAACGCUGAAGGAGGUUUGGAGGGGCGGAGGGAUGAAAGGACUAUUCACGGGCGUUGGUCCUCGCGUUGGAAGAGUAGGUCCUUCUGUUGGUAUUGUUGUUUCAUUCUACGAAGUUGUGAAGUAUGUUCUACAUUAACCGGCACACAGUUUCAUGAUCGGGGGACAUGGAUCUCCAAGCUUCGGUUGUUUAUGCAAAGCAUAAUUAAAGUGAAAUACUGGACGUUAAAGAACGGCCUGCAAGUUUUUGUUGAUAUGGUAGGAUACACAGCAAUAACGAUGAUAAUCCUAGAUACUUUUCUAGGCCUGCAAGUUACAGAUACUUGCAAUUUUGUCGCUCUUGAUUGAGCAGAAAUUUUGUUGUACUUGGCUCGUUUACUUGGCAUUUCUUUUUUUGUGAGAGUUAGAUCUCAGUUUUAAUUUAAGGGAGAGUACGAUUUUGUUGUGAAUAUGAGCCCAACUGGUUCUCAAGCGCAAAUACGUAGACAUUUGAGCCAUUGAUGUGCAGCUUUAAUUAAUAUUAACAAGUAAUUGGGUUGUAAAUUUGAGAUUGAAAACAAG